AUGUCAGAAUUGAAAAUCCAGACCAUUGCCCCAGGAGACGGCAAGACGUACCCUCAGCCAGGUGAUCUGGUGACUGUGCACUACACGGGCACCUUGGAGAACGGCAAGAAGUUCGACUCCUCGAGAGACAGAAACAAGCCUUUCCAGUUCAGAAUUGGCCAGGGUAUGGUGAUUGCUGGCUGGGAACAAGGGUUCUCCAAGCUGUCGCUGGGCGAGAAGGCCAUCCUCACGAUCCCGGGCCCAUUGGCCUACGGCUCCAGAGGGUUCCCGGGCCUGAUUCCUCCUAACGCUACUCUCAUCUUUGAUGUCGAGCUGCUGAAGAUCAACUAG